AUGCCCAGAUAUCGUCAAAGGACCACCGCCAAAGCGGCUUGGAGCGAAGAAGACCUGCUGCACGCUAAUACUGCGAUUGAAAGGGGAAUGUCCAAAAGGCAAGCAGCGAAAACACACAACAUCCCAUUUACUACGUUGAGAGAUAGACUAAAGAAUGACAACAUGAGCAGUCCACAACUGGGUCGUAAGCCAGUUUUUAAUCAACAGCAAGAAAGUGAAAUAGCCGAACAAGUUAAGUUUCUGGGAUCGUUAUACUAUGGACUGAGCGUCGCAGAUUUGCGUAAAUUUGUUUAUCAAUAUGCAGAGCUCAAUAACAUCAAAAACAAUUUUGAUAAAAGUAGCAAAACAGCAGGAUAUGACUGGGUACAAGGUUUUAUGAGACGCAACCCUUCUGUUGCUGUACGCAAAGCUGAAGCAACGAGCUUAAAUAGGGUGUCUGCCUUUAACAAAGAAGAAAUAACUCAUUUCUACAAUAUGCUUGGUGAUCUGAUGGAGAAGCAUAGGUUCUCUCCCAAUAACAUGUACAAUGCUGACGAAACAGGAAUCACAACCGUCACAGAUCCAGGAAAAGUGCUUGCAAAAAAAGGCCAACGUAGAGUAGGGGCAGUUACGAGCGGCGAACGAGGCACAAACAUUACAGUUAUGUGUGCCGUGAGUGCGUCUGGGAACUACAUACCACCAAUGUUCAUAUUUCCUAGACAGAGAAUGACACCAUUAUUAGAAAAAGAUGGACCACCUGGUGCAUUGUACACCAACUCCAAGAACGGCUGGAUAAAUGAACAAUUAUUUGUCGACUGGCUUCAACAUUUUGCAGCAUAUGUCAAGCCUACGCAAGAAUCUCCUGUGCUGUUAAUACUUGAUAACCAUAGCAGUCACAUCUCGCUUCCAGCUUUUAACUAUUGCAAAGAAAAUCACAUCGUAGUACUUUCGAUCCCACCACACAGCUCUCACAGAACACAACCUCUUGAUGUGUCUUUUUAUGGACCCCUGAAAGCUGCUUAUAGACACGAAUGCAACAGGCACAUGAAGACACACUUGAUGGCUAAAAUAACUCCAUAUGAUGUUGCAUGUUUAUUCAACAAAGCAUAUGCACAAGUUGCAAAUAUAAGCAAGGGAGAAGCUGGAUUCCGAGCCACGGGAAUAUACCCUUUGAAUCCAAAUAUUUUUACCGAGCAAGACUUUUUAGCAGCAUCGCUGAUGGUUCAAGAUUCAAACCAACCUACUCAAAACGAAGAUGAAAAUGUCGGCAAUCUUGGAGGUGCACAGCCUCGUGACAUGACUGCGAAUCAAACAGCUACUUCCUCUCUGUCUGGUCCAUUAUUUAAGACGCCAAACGAAGAACUUGAAAAUCCUGCACUUGGUUCUCAGUGCCCUGAAUCUGAAUCACCUGUUCCUGGCCCAUCUAAUCAGGCAAUUUUCGACGAACAAAGACAAACUCCUGUGUCUUUUGCUGAAAUAGCAACGACCCCAACUAUUGCCCCAUCUUCAAAGCCAGGUCGAAGGAACAGAAAACAACGUGCUACUAUAUUAACAUCAACUCCAUUGAAAAGUAUUUUAGAAGAGAAAGAAAAGAAAAAGAAAGCAAAAAACAAUAAGACUGAAAAAAAUUACAAAACAAACACUAAAAAAGCAGCAAAUAAUAAGAAUAUAAAAGGAAAAUCUUGCAAACGCAAAGUUCUGCAAGAAAGUUCUUCGGAGACCGAAGAUGAAGAAUAUCAAAAUUUUUGUAACGACGACAGUGAUGAUGAACUGGACGUGGACGGUGAAAACAACUAUAACAAAUGCAAUAUUUGCGAAGAAUUUAGACGAAAUAACGAGAUGUGGUAUCGCUGUACCAUAUGCGGACUAUGGUCUCAUGCCAUGUGCUCUGGAUGGGAUUCUCCAAAAGGAUACAUCUGUGAUUUAUGUGCCUAA